UACGUGGUGACGUCAUUUCUAUAUGAGCGCGAGCGGCGGGAGCUUGGGUCUUUUUACCGCCAGUCGCGCGGCGCCUCCUCGUCGUUCCUGAGUCACUGCGAGCCCCGGUCCGGCGCAGUUGGCCAUCUCAUUCGUCAUGCACUUUUCUCCAACUUCUGAAGCACCUAAAGUACAGGUCCUACAGACAACAGCCUCAUUCACUAUACAACCCUGAUUCAGCCCAAGAACAUAGUCCAGCCUGCAUGCAGAAGGCAGUGAGUGUCAUGGAAAAAGUGUGUGUAAUCAUGAUGUAACUAAGAUUGUGAUACUGCAUACACACAAGGGGCCAAAUUAAAGUGUCACAGAGGUAUGAACAUCUGCAACUCCCAUGGAUUUCAGUGGAAACUGCUUUCUGAGGUCUGAGAACAUGGCGGACAUUGACAACAAAGAACAGGCUGAACUUGACCAACAGGAUAUGGAAGAUGUUGAAGAAGUGGAAGAAGAAGAAACUGGCGAGGAUGCCAACAGUAAAGCUCGGCAGCUGACUGUGCAGAUGAUGCAAAAUCCUCAGAUUCUUGCAGCCCUUCAGGAAAGACUUGAUGGUCUGGUAGGAACAUCUACAGGAUAUAUAGAAAGCUUGCCUAAGGUAGUUAAGAGACGGGUGAAUGCGCUCAAGAACCUUCAAGUUAAGUGUGCACAGAUAGAAGCAAAGUUCUACGAGGAAGUUCAUGAGCUGGAAAGAAAGUAUGCUGCUCUCUAUCAACCUUUGUUUGAUAAGCGAAGUGAAAUCAUCAAUGCAACUUACGAACCUACAGAGGAAGAAUGUGAAUGGAAAGCAGAUGCUGAAGAGGAAAUUUCAGAGGAAAUGAAAGAGAAGGCCAAGCUUGAAGAGGAGAAAAAAGAUGAAGAAAAGGAAGACCCUAAAGGAAUUCCUGAGUUUUGGCUGACAGUAUUUAAGAAUGUUGACUUGCUUAGUGAUAUGGUUCAGGAACAUGAUGAACCUAUCCUGAAACAUUUAAAAGAUAUUAAAGUGAAGUUCUCAGAAGCCGGUCAGCCUAUGAGUUUCACGUUAGAAUUUCACUUUGAAUCAAAUGACUUCUUCACAAAUGAAAUGUUGACAAAAUCAUACAGAAUGAGAUCAGAGCCAGAUGAUUCAGAUCCCUUCUCCUUUGAUGGACCAGAAAUUAUGGGUUGUACAGGGUGCCAAAUAGACUGGAAAAAAGGAAAAAAUGUUACUUUGAAAACAAUCAAAAAGAAGCAGAAACACAAGGGACGUGGGACAGUUAGAACAGUGACAAAAACUGUCUCCAAUGAUUCUUUCUUCAAUUUCUUUAGUCCUCCUGAAGUUCCUGAAAGUGGAGACCUGGAUGAUGAUGCUGAAGCAAUCCUUGCUGCAGAUUUUGAAAUCGGCCACUUUUUACGUGAGCGUAUAGUCCCACGAUCAGUAUUGUACUUUACAGGGGAAGCUAUUGAAGAUGAUGAUGAUGAUUAUGAUGAAGAAGGUGAGGAGGCAGAUGAUGAGGAAGGGGAGGAAGAAGCAGAUGAAGAAAAUGAUCCAGAUUAUGACCCGAAGAAGGAUCAAAACCCAGCAGAAUGCAAGCAGCAGUGAAGCAGUGUGUAUGUGGCCUUGAGGAUUACCUGCACUGUAAUAGCCUAAACACAACUGUUAGUUACUUACAGCCUUAUGUUUUGUAUCUUCUUGGUAGAAUUAAGUAAACAAUUCGUUAAAAUGAAAUAAAACACACAAGUACCAGUUUAAAAUGUAGGUUCAUUCUACCUAGCAUUUUAAUAGUAUACUUUUCUGCCAAUAUGUAGAAUGCAGUAAAUACCCUAAAGCAUGAAUGUUAAUUCAUCGCUACAUAGUUUGGUUCUUGUGAAGUCUUUCGUCAUUAGACUGCAGCUGUGAAGAUUAUCAGAACUGUUAACUGAGACCAAUAUUUGUUUAGAGAAAAUCCUCUCCUGAAAAACCAACCAAAGUAUUUUCAGCCCAGUAGUUUGAAUGGGUUUGUCUGCUUGCACUAGCUGUGCCUUCAUUACCUUGUUAGAGAAAUGGCAGUGACUUGUACUAACUAGGAGAUGAUGCAUUUCUGGAUUUGACUACUUCAGACGACUAGUAUAAUUCAUUUAACUUCCAACAAGACCACAUUAAAUGUUCAUAACUGUCUGCUUGUUUAUGCUAUGGGUUUUGUAUUUUAUGUGACAGUGAUCUACAAAGGAAACCCAGUAAUCAUAUUAAGGUUAUUGUUUACCACUGGGGUGUGAAUAAAACCUAGUAUUUUCAGAA